CGGUAGGUACAGCAGGAAUUCGAUAUGUUGAUUGUUGGUAUGUUGGUGAACAUGUAAAAAGAAGCUUUUAUGCAGGCUUUAUUUCGUUGUUGAUGCUAAAUAGAGAAUACAUUUUUCGAAUAUUGAAUCCUUUAAAAACCAACCUUUCAAAUAUUUAGUGACGAAGGUGCUUCUUUCAAGAUGAAGAGAAGAUCUAAUAAAUCAAAUACUUCACGAGGAUCUGGUACCGACGCCGAAGAAUCUCAAAGCUUUUCCAGCGACGACGAUAACCAGAAGAACGGCGAUGAUUCUUCUGUGGAUCUCGAACCGAAGCAGAAAAAAAGGAGAAGUAAAAGCAAAGAAAAGAAACCAGUUCAUUCAAAGAAAAAGAUUACUAAAGGAAGGAGGGGCAAAGACUCCGAUAAUGAAGAAGAAGACGAUAAGGAUAUUUCUGAAAACGACAAUGAAGAAAAUGAAAGCCCAAAAUCAGCUCAGAUGAAGAAAAGAAUAAGCAAAGGAAAGAAGUCCAAGGAAUCUUCUCAUCUUGAAGAUGAUAAUGAUGAUGAUGAUGAUGGCAGCGAUAAUGACAAUGAGGAAAAUGGAAGCCCAAAAAAACAGUCUGCCAAGAAAAAGAAUGCAAAGGGACAUAAAUCAAGGAAUAAUAAGUUGGUUGAGAUGGAAAAUUCAGAGGAGGAGGAAAAUGAAGAGGAAGAAGAUAGUGGACUGAAUGAUGAAGAAGAAUAUGAGGUGGAAUCCAUUCUUGAUGAAAAAACCAUCAGAGGCAUUCAUUCUUAUCUCAUUAGAUGGAAAGGUUAUGGAGAAGAAAGCGAUACAUGGGAACCAGCAAACACACUCAAUUGUCCUGAUGCACUUCAGGAAUUCAAAAAGAAGAAAAAUUCUGCAGAUAAACAUAAAAAGGCAGCAAACAAAGCGAAGAAAACACAGGAAUCUGACGAGAAAUGGGAUGAGAAUGAAGAUUUUGAGGUUGUUAAAAUUUUGGACGUGCAUUUCAAGAGAGGCGGAAAAAGGGAAUUCCUUGUGGCCUGGAAGGGUUAUUCCCAUAAAUACGACAGUUGGGAACCCGAGGAAAACAUGAAUUGCAAAGAAAUGAUAGAGAGAUAUUUGAAGAAAUGUGAACAAGCUAAGGAAGUCGACCCGAAGGAAUUGAGAGUUCAAAGAAAAGUUACCGACAGAUUUACUUUAUCCACGCAGUCUGUGGGAAGAAGACUAAGUAAAAGGAAUCAAGGAAAGCAAAGGGUUCAGUAUCAUGAUGCAGAGUGAAAGAGGGAGUUAUUCAAAGUGCAUAUAUACACUUCAAUUUAUUUCAUAGUAAGGAUAAAUAUGUGUUAUUUAGGGUAUAUAUUAUAUACACAAGAUUAUAUAUCACAGGCAAUCCAGAAUUUUCAAGUACAAAAGAAAAGUGAAUAUAAAUCUUUAUAUUUAUUCGAAGUUAUAUAUUUGUGUUAAGUCACCCAUAGUAGAAGAGGGUGUAAAUAAGUCGAUAUAUUUUAAUUUUUGAGGAAAUUACUAUUUGUAGAAUACUAUUGAUUAUUUAUAUUAUUAUUUUUUGUUAUUUUCAAUAUUCAACAAUUCUGAAUAUAAUCUUGUGUGGACUAGUUCUUUGAUGUAUCUUGUUUUGUUUUUUAAAAUUAUAUAUCAAAUUCAAUUUAUCUGUAGCAAUAUUUUUUGUGCUGAAAUAGAUUUGUCCUCUUUUCCAUUGUGUACCAAUGAGUAACUAGUAAAAAUACCUAUACUUUUCUGAGGAAUUAAAACAUGUCUCUGAAUUUUAAAAGCGUUGAAAUUUCUAAAAUUUGUCUAAUAAAAUAUGUAAAGUUA